CGGGCGGUCGGUGGCCGGGCCGUGGCGAGCCACUCGCUCCAAGCAGCUAUGCCACCCUGUCCACAUUGGGUUAACCGCGAACCGCGAAAUCCUUUCGCGGGGGAUGAUCGUAGGGCGCGGGUCUUACGCGGGGGAUCGUCGCGGGUCCUCCGCGGGUCCUCCGCGGGGGUAGUCGCGAUCCGCAACCAUCCCCAGCGAAAGGACUUCGUGGUUCGCGGUUGGCAUAGCUGCUUGGAGCGGCUCGCGACCGGCCGCUCGACGACCGACCGCUCGACCACCGACCGGUCGGUGCUCGGUCGGUGGCUGAAUUCGGACACACUCCAAGCGUUCUCGCUGAGGGUGAGGGGGAUAUCUCGAUAAACUAACAAGUUUCUAUGCUUUGGCGAUGGCAAGGAAACUCGGGAUUCGCGCCGCGUUGACUAGAUAGGAGUGUUGUGUCUUGUUAGUGAUAAAAUCGCCUACAAAAUAGGGAAUUCGGCCGCGGGCGACGGGCAGCGCGAUCCUUAUCAGUGCUGCUUGGCCACCAUAUUUCUUGAGAUCGGGCCCGAUGUCAUGGGUUGUUUUGGAAGUGCGAGCUCAAAGGCGGACCAAGAAGAAAGUAAACGACGGAAGGAAGCCAACAAAAGGAUAAACCAACAAAUUCAGAGGGAUAAACAGGUGUACAGAGCCACACACAGGCUCUUGUUGCUGGGGGCAGGAGAGUCUGGUAAAAGUACGAUUGUAAAGCAGAUGCGGAUACUUCACGUCAAUGGCUUCAGUCCAGAGGAAAAAAUGCUUAAAAUAGAAGAUAUUAAAAAAAAUAUACGAGAUGCAAUAUUAACAAUUACAGGUGCUAUGAGCACACUAACUCCACCCAUAUCUUUGGAGAAACCUGAAAGUCAGAGCAGGGUUGACUACAUCCAAGAUGUCGCAUCACAGCAUGAUUUUGAUUACCCACCAGAAUUUUAUGAACAUACUGAGAUUUUAUGGAAGGACAGAGGUGUCCAAGCAUGCUUUGAGCGAUCUAAUGAGUAUCAGCUCAUUGACUGUGCAAAAUACUUCCUAGACCAAGUGCAUAUAAUCAAACAACCUGACUAUACUCCCUCAGAGCAGGAUAUUUUAAGGUGUCGUGUCCUCACUUCCGGUAUCUUUGAGACCAGGUUUCAAGUGGACAAAGUAAAUUUUCACAUGUUUGAUGUUGGAGGCCAGCGCGACGAGCGCCGGAAGUGGAUUCAGUGCUUCAACGAUGUUACUGCUAUCAUCUUUGUAACAGCAUGCAGCUCCUACAAUAUGGUUCUUCGAGAAGAUCCAACACAGAAUCGGUUGAGGGAGUCCCUAGAUCUCUUUAAGAGUAUCUGGAAUAACAGGUGGCUGCGGACAAUCUCUGUAAUUUUGUUCCUCAAUAAGCAAGAUCUGUUGGCGGAGAAAAUUAAAGCAGGGAAAUCUCGCCUGGAGGAAUAUUUUGCAGAUUUUUCUCGAUAUCAGACUCCCGUAGAUGCAACGUCAGAGCCUUCAGACCACCCUGAAGUGGUCAGGGCUAAGUACUUCAUCAGAGAUGAAUUUCUGCGCAUUAGCACAGCUAGUGGAGAUGGAAAACAUUAUUGUUAUCCACACUUCACCUGUGCUGUAGAUACAGAGAACAUCCGCCGAGUGUUCAAUGACUGCCGCGACAUUAUACAACGUAUGCACCUACGUCAGUACGAGCUAUUGUGAUGGCCCGCAACCUCAGUGCUGCCUGUGAAUGCUAGUGAACUGAAUGUACGUAUGUAUGCAUGUGUCUUGAUGGUUUUUAUUUUGUUGUCCCAAUUUGUCUCAAAAUUUAGGUUACCGUGAACAAAUGUGAUGUCAUCAAUUCAAAAUUAAUACCUGAUCAAAGUUAUUUCUUGUUUUUCAUUUUCUCUAGUCACAGUGUUUAUAGUACUGUUUAUGUUUUCUGGGGAAGGGGUAUGGAUGAAUCAACCAAUAAAUGAUGUGUAUCUAUUCAAUUUAUACGUGUAUGUGUAUUCAUAUACCAUUAAGACUAUGGUAUAAGUAUACAUGUAAAUGUAUAUCUAAAUAUGUGUGUAAGUAAAAUGGUAUUUUGUGUGUCUGCUUGUGUCACACUGAUAUGUGUGAAUGUGACAUAUAAGAACAAAUUGUAUUGAGUUUCAGAAUGAGUGAUAAUUGUGUAUGAAAUGAAUGAACCUACGAUGGAGAGUAAAAAGAUUUUAAACAGGCAGAGGAAGAGAUGGGCUGGCCUGAUGUUUUGGCAGGCAGCGAUAGGAAGAACCAAAGUGUAUAUAAGUCUUACCUCUUGUGAUGUGAAUGUGUGCACAUUGGCUGGACUGUUCUCUUGUUAUCUGUAUUUGUAUGUUUAAUUUUCAUGUCUAUUUAUUUUAUCUUGCACAAAAAUUGAAACAUCACAAAUAUUUAAUGAAGUAGUGUUCCUUGAUAUAACUAGCCAGGGUUCUACAUAGCAAGCAUUUGUGUGGUCAAAGCAUGAGUGGCAUAAACACAAGCUGUAGUCUUGAAUCUGUGCCAGAAAGGUGCUUACGCAUUUCUUUUUUUGGAAGUGACUCUACUGAUUAACAAUUUCAAACGUCUGACCUGGUAGAAAACUUCAAGGGUUUUUUUUUUUUUGCCAAUAAGAAACAUGCAUUUGUAUUUGCACCUCAAACUCAACAAAACUCAGCCAAGCACAAAAUUUAAAAGAGCCAUUUUAACUCUUUCCAUUGGUUGCUGUUGAUCUUUGUCAUUGACUUAUGACAUGUGGAUUAUGAUGUGUCAAGAACUGUGUUUGCCAUUAAUAUUGUCAGGGGUUUAGUCACAACUAAUGCUUCAAGGAGUGAUGUUUGAACAAAGAUUUGCAAUAAUAGAAGAUUUAUUAUUCUAACAUCUGUUUUUUACGAGGAGCAGAUAAUUUUUUUACUUCAAAGACUUUUGACCUGACAUGGGUCUGUUUUAUGGUUGUCAUUCAGACAAAGCAUUGUUAUCUGUUGGAGGUGUGUGUCAGUUUCAUCUUUUUAUUUUGAAUGAGUUUAAACCUUAAUUAUCAUUUUUAAUUUUACAAACAACCAGCACUGCAUCACUUAUCAUAAUGAUUUUGUUUUCAAACUUGCCAGCUUGUAUUAGUGCCAUCCUUCAUUUAUUGAUGUGAAUUUUAUGGAGAUUUAGUUUCACUGUCAGAUCAAUGUGAAGAUGUAACUCGCUACCAUUUAACAACAGAGAAGCAAGGCUGGACCAAACUUCAUUAAAUAACUUGUUCUGAGGUAACAUCUUUAUAAUUAGUCACCCUGCUUAAUUGUAUUGAAAAUUGCAGUAGUCCAGAAUGAUUUUUCUUCUUUAAAUGGAUGCUGUAGAUUAUUCAGUUUGUUCCUGUGUGUUAAUCAGUGCUAAUUCAACUUCCAUUUAGUAUAUAAAAGCUCAAUAUAACAAGGCAGUACUAACUUUUCAGUUUUCUGCAUCGCACAGUAGCUCAAUCAGUGCCAAACUGAAGGUUCUUAUCCUUACCUUCUGAGCUUUUGGUUUUAAUUACCUGCAUUCUCAGUUUGAUCGUUGAUUUUAGCGGGCAUUGUUUUUAUUUCGUUUCAUUUCUGUUCUGAGUGGACCACAAUGCACACCUCAUUGUUCUGGCUUUCACCACAAUAGUUCAACCAUAGUUACAUGUUCUGUCUUCUAGUUCUGAGACUGUAACAGUCACUCCCUUUUUUAUUUUAUCCCCCAAUCCCUGGAACCUGUUUGUUUGUUAUUAACCACUCAUCUAAAAUCAAUGAAAAAAAUUUCAGUUCGUGUUAUAGAAGCGAUUUUCUUGUUGCCUGAACUCUCUCCGUCCUUAAGUCGUCUGUGUGUGUGUGAGAUAUAAGCCAUCUUUCAUUCUGAUGCAUUCAUUUUAUCUUUCUGUGUAACAAUGAAUAUUUAUUGCAAUGUGGGAGGGAAGGAACAUAAGGAGACAUUUUCAUUGACAAGUUUUCAAUAAGAUAUUGUUGAAAAUACUGUAUUUUUUGUUUAAAAUGUUUAUACUUUUUUUGAAGGAUUGUAUCUUCUGAUAUGUGCUAGAAUAUGAGUACUCAGGUCUAAAUGAGAGUAAUGCUCUUCGGUGCAACUACUAGCAAUAAUUAUAAAUCCAAAUUGUAAAUUUGUAAUUGUAGCCCUUCUGAGUACUGAUGCAUUUGUCAUUGCAUCUUGUAGUUGAAGUGAUCGUACCUUGAUGUUUAUCCUAAUUGCUCCUCUUCAAUUUGCUCUUACAGACUUCCAAUGUAAUAUUGUGAAGAUUUGGUCUGCUUUUCUUUCUUAAAGUUACCUACAAAUCACUGUGCUUGUAAUGUUGAUUGUGAUUAUGAAAAUAAGGAAGUAGGUGUUACCCAGUUUUUUUUAUCCCCAUCCUGAGGGUUUAUGUAUUAAGAGUACAUACAUCAUGGAAUACAUCCUUUCAAAAAUGUAUACUUUUUAUAGAACAGAUUCUUCUGUUUAUGUGGUGGUAUAAAAAUUAUAGGCAAUGAUGUUGAAUGAUUCUGUGCAUUGAAUUGGCAACUUAAUUUGAUUAAGAUGUAGCCACAACACAUUCCAGUUCAACAGAAAGGCUUGUGCUUGAACGUGAAACUUGUGGCAUUUGUACAACAUACUCAUAAUGCAAAUCAUGUACCUUCUGUUAGAGUUCAUGUUUCUAAAAUGAUUCAUCCCAUUCUCUUGCAUGUUGUGAAUCUGUACAGUACUUAGUAUUACUUAUACUAUCUCGUUGAUGUGAAUUGUCUUCAGUCUAGGUUCCAUUUGUGAGGUCAGCCCUGGUAUUCAUGAGCUUCAAGGGGCGUAACUUGCAACUUGUCAAGCUUUCCUAUAUUUCAUGUAUGUUUGCAUAGUGAAAUUGGGGCAAAAUUUCCAGAAUCAUUUGUUCUUCACAUUAGCAUGUGCCUGGAAAAUUUCAGUUUUCCUUCAUUGUAAUGAAUUUCAGUCGUUUCUAAAAGUGAAGUUUCAUGUGAUAGAAUGUAUAUUGUCUCAUAAGAUUCUUUAUGUGAUUUUUAAUCACACUAAAUUUAUUUAUUGUCUAUCAUAAAGUUGAAAUGAAUUUUUAUCAGCCCUGUGGAAUAGUUUCUCUUUUGUCAGAUUCAUGCCAAAGGUCAAUAUUUAUAGCACAAACAUUAUAGGUCUGCGUUUAAGUUUGUAUUGUUAUUUUUAUCAUCUUCAUUAUCAUUCUCAUCUUUGUUAUUAUUAGUAUUAUAUCUUUUAUUUUUUAUCAUUGUUAUUUGUCAUCACAUUCACAUCAGUCAUUCAUGUUUCUAAGAGACGUCCUCAAUUCACUGAAGUUUGAAAAGUUGAUAAAUGCUGUUGAAACUCUUUAGGGAGCCUUGAGAUAAAACAGAAGACUUACUUGAGACUCUGGUAAUACUUCCAGGUGUAAAUGAACUUCCUUCGUUUGAAUGGUGAUUGUGUUAAUGCUUUCCUUUUUCAAUUUUUUACUGUCACCAUUGAAUUUUACAGACUUUUUGUUAGGAAAAGAUAUUGCAUUAAGCUGUUAAGGAGGAUCAAAGAGGGUUUUCUGUUGCAAUAGAAAAAAAAAUUCAUUGGGGUUGGGAUUUUUUGCAAUGACUUCAUUGCAUGACAUUGAAAAUUUCAACCUAUGGACCUGUGUACCCAUUGUUUUUCUAAGGUCUCUGGUAUAUUGCUUCUUUUGUUACAAUUGUGCUCUUGUUUUUCUUUAGUUCUCAUGACAUUACUGUUGUGAAUCUCUGGUAAUGAUAAGUUAUGAGAUGUUACCAGAAUGGAGAAAAAGCUGAGGACUAAAUACUAAGUAUCCAAGAUUUUAUUGUGCCCAAGAUGUGGGCCUCAGUCCCCCUAAUUUCUUUUACAAUUUGGUCCCUAUUGUACUUUUAUGUGAUGAAGGACUUCUCUGAACAAAAUGUCAUUAUCUGACAUAGUUAUUUCUAUACUGUUGCAGUAUGUGUUGUCAUUUUACAUAAUUAAAAUUGUCUUACAAGAUACAUGUGAAAGCAUAGUGUCAAAGAUAUCCUGCCGGUUGCAUUUAUUGCAUAAGGCUUUUUCAAAAAAAAUUAUUUUACGUUAUUGCAUUGUGAGAGUUUUCUUAACCGUUGCUUGGUGUGCCAUGGUUCAUGCGUUGCAAACAGAGUGAAUAAAGAGCAUUGUGUGCAUAAUUACUCA